AUGUGGAAUAAGGGAGUUGCUCGACUCACGCAGACUCCCGAGCUAAGUCGGGAGUUACAGCUGUUACUGCAGAGCACUCAGCCUGGCUGUGGGGAGGGCGCCGGGAAAGGGGCAGACCCAGUCUCAAGCUCCAGGCUCUUCUCUCGUCUGACUCACCGCAGCAUCACAAUGGAGCCCAACAGUCCCAAAAAAAUACAGUUUGCUGUGCCCUUGUUUCAGAGUCAAAUAGAUCCCGAGGCAGCUGAGCAGAUCAGGAAAAGAAGGCCUACACCAGCAUCACUCGUCAUCAUGAAUGAACAUGUGCCUCCAGAAAAAGAUGAGAAGAGAACAAGCAUCUCACAGGCAGAGUCCCAGAGUGCCUCUCCCAAGCAGAGGAAGCAGAGCGUCUUCACCCCUCCUGCCCUCAAAGGGAUUAAGCACCUGAAGAGCCAGAGUGAUUCAGUGUUUCCAGAAGAAGAAGAGGGAGUUGGUGAAAGGGAAGAGGAGUGGGGCCAUUAACCAGGGCAGAGCUGUCCCGAGCCCCAUCACAGAGAGUAACUGAACUGUGGGGCCAUGCGUGUGCCAGACCCUCCACCGCCUGCUCCAUGUGCCUCCGGGGCUCCCUGGGAAGUGCCCUCAAAUGGGCUUCACAGACACCUGCAAAUGUGUCCUGUGACCCCUAUACCUGAAGAUAAAACAGUUAUUUUAAAGUCAUUUUUCUUUCAUUUUCUAUGACUUAGAAACGUAAUCUGCAAAUGUGUUAGCUACCUGACAUCAGUACUGCCAGAGCUUAACUACUGUGUGUGAGCUGUACUCUAAGGCUUGUUGUAAAUAAAACUGAUUUCAAAUGUGCAAAAUAAAUAAUAUGUUAAUUUCGACAA